AUGUCUCUUCGCAAAUUUAUCACUUCCGGAAUUCAAGAUGUCCUGGAUAGCAAACUCGGCGGACUUUCUGGAAACAAACAACAGCAACAGCAACAAAGUAACAACUCUUCAUCGUCCUUGAAUUCAAAUCACCAACCCCCACAGCAAGAUUAUAACAUGAAUCCAGGAGGCUACCCAAAUCAACCAUAUGGUAACGCUGGCUACAGAGGAAUGCCACCACAACAGCCAGGAUAUGGAAACGCUGGAUACGAUCCAUACGGGCAGGGUCAAGCACCGUAUCCUGGAAGUGGAGGAGGAGGACAACCUCCAUAUCCGGGAGGCAACCAAGGCGGAUAUCCAGGUCAAGGAGGUGCCGGAUACCCACAACCACCACAGUAUGGAUUCGCUGGAAAUCAACAAGGAGGAGACUAUCCACCACAGCAGCCAGGAUAUCCACAACAGCAUCAUAACCAACAACCAUCCUAUCCACCACAACAAAGUUACCAACAAGGAGGUCCACAAGGCGGGUUCUUCCCGAAUCAAGGAUACGGACAACCAGUAAUGAUCGGAACGCCUUCACUCUUCCCGGUCCCUGGAUUCAAUGCCAACGCCGAUGCGGAAGUUCUUCGAAAAGCCAUGAAGGGAUUAGGAUGUAACAACUCCAAAGUGAUCAGUGUUCUGUGUCAAAGAACCAACGGACAGCGACAAGAAAUCUCGAAAGCUUUCAAAGUGAUGUAUGGAAAAGACUUAAUCAAGGAGUUGAAAGGAGAGCUUCAUGGAGACUUCGAAGAUCUCAUACUGGCUCUGAUGGAUGCUCCAGCUAUCUACGAUGCCAAACAACUGUACAAGGCUAUGGAUGGCUUGGGAACCAAAGAAUCUGUUCUGAUUGAGAUCAUGACAUCCAGAACAAAUGCUCAAAUUCAGCAAGUCCGUGAUGCUUACAAAAUGUUGUACAAAAAAGAUUUGGAGCGAGAUUUGAUCGGAGAAACUAGCGGACACUUCAAACGUCUUCUCGUUUCCCUGUGUGCCGGUGGACGUGAUGAGUCGAAUCAAACGGAUCCUCUUCGUGCCAACCAAGACGCUCGCCGUCUCUAUCAAGCAGGAGAGAAGAGACUCGGAACUGACGAAUCCACAUUCAAUGCUAUUCUGGCUAGUCAAAAUUUCAAUCAACUUCGAAUGGUUUUCGAGGAAUACCAAAAAGUUUCGAAUCAUUCGAUCGAGAAAGCCAUCGAAGCUGAGUUCAGUGGUGAUGUCCGAGAUGGUCUUCUAGCUGUGAUCGCUGUGGUUCGCAAUCGUCCAGCAUACUUUGCCAAGCUUCUUCACGAUAGUAUGAAAGGACUCGGAACCCGUGACAACGACUUGAUCCGUUUGUGUGUCACUCGCGCUGAAUACGAUAUGGCUGACAUUCGAAACAUGUUCCAAAGCCUCUACCGUACUUCUCUCGAGAAUAUGAUCAAGGGAGACUGCUCUGGCGCAUACAAAGAAGGACUCAUUGCUUUGGUCAAUGGAAAUCGCGGAUGA